CCCACCCACCCCCCUCCACCAGUUAUAUAUGUCAUAUUAUCCCUGGAAGACUGUUAGUGUGACCGUCAAGGAGAAGAAAGUGAUAGUGCAGUAAUUAAGACUUCAGCUCAUCAAACAUGCCGUUCGAAUGGCUAUUCGGUCGAAAAAUGACUCCGGAGGAAAUGCUGAGGAAAAAUCAACGUGCCUUAAACAAAGCCAUGAGAGAUCUGGAUCGAGAGAGAUCAAAGAUGGAGCAACAGGAGAAGAAAAUCAUUGCUGACAUAAAGAAGAUGGCAAAAAUGGGACAGAUGGAUGCGGUGAAGGUAAUGGCCAAGGAUCUGGUGCGGACUCGUCGGUACACCAAGAAGUUCAUCAUGAUGCGUGCUCAAAUCCAAGCUGUAUCCCUUAAAAUUACAACACUGAAAAGCCAAAAUGCUAUGGCCCAGGCUAUGAAGGGAGUUACGAAGGCCAUGAUGAACAUGAACAAGCAAUUGAAACUUCCUCAGAUCCAGCAAAUCAUGCAAGAGUUUGAGAAACAAACAGAAAUUAUGGACAUGAAAGAGGAGAUGAUGAAUGAUGUAAUAGAUGAUGCCAUGGGUGAUGAAGAUGAUGAGGAAGAGAGUGAUGCCAUUGUUGCUCAAGUCCUAGACGAGCUUGGUCUCCAGAUGACAGAAGGAUUGAGUGUACUUCCGUCCGCUGGUGGAACUCUUGGAACAACAACAGCAGCAUCCAAGACACCCGUUGCUGUAGCAGAUGCUGCUGACGACGACAUUCAGGCCAGAUUGGACAACCUCAGGAGAGAGUGAAGAUUAAAUGAUGGAGCAAGUUAUGGUCAUUGAAUGCUAAGUGUCUUUCAAAACCAAUUAUGGUUAUGGUAUUUCCAGAGACAGUGUGGUUAUCCAUUGAACACUGAACAAGAUUACAACAAAUUAAAUUUACAUACAAUUUAGUUUUGCUCUCCUCAAAUAUUAUGAUAAUAUUUUAAUUUGGUGGCGAAGCUUUACAACACACUAAAAAAAUGUGAUAUAGGAACUGGGUUUACACUUGAAAAUAAAAAUAGUUUCCUAUUUAUAUUAUAUAUAUAUAUAUAUAUAUAUAUAUAUAUAUAUAUAUAUAUAUAUAUAUAUAUAUAUAUAUAUAUAUAUAAUAUUAAUAAUAAUAUUGAUUGAUUGUACUUAUCAUGCUUUGUCCUAACAUUUAUUUGUACAUUUUUUAUUCUGAAGGUACGGUGAGACCAGGGGCCCAGGAUUCAUCAAACAUUUACAUGAUCACUUACAAAACCUGUAUGUCUUUCCUCAAUAAUGUCAGCUUUAUUUAUUUUGAUUAAACAGUUUAUGAGCUCCAAAGUGCUACAAGGUUGCAGGUAACAAUAAUAAUCUUGGGUUGCAAAGUUUUAGAGCUCAUAAACUGUUGAAUAAAUGUAAACAAAGCUGCCUCAAUUAAGGACAGAUAUGAAGAUAUUGUAAAUCUUGUGUAAAUGCAUGAUGAAUUCUGGUCUAGGUUUAUAUCUUUUUCUGUUGUUAACGUUAAUAGGGAGGAAGCAUGUGGGAAUAAUUUCUUCUUGCUGGGUUACCAGGACCAGGUGGGAGAGAGAGAGACUUUCUCAAGUGCUUUUUGUAAAGAUGUUAAAAAGGAUCUCUGACCCUGUAUUCACUGUCCAUUUAAUUAAUGUGUGCAGGUCCUCUGCCCCCGAGUACAUCAGUCCAUCCGUCAGAAAUGAUAGAACAUACAGUAAUUAUUGGUGGAAUAUACAACAAUGAACUGUACCAAAAAGGUUCAUAUUUUGUACUGCCCAAUUGGAACUCCUAAGGACAUUGUAAACAGUGAACCAGCAAUUACAAUCUAACCUAACCUGUCUUAAGCCUAAAUAUGGUAUCCAAAGCCUAAUAUAUGCCAUUUUAGAUUUUAUUUAGUACAUAUGUACUAUACUAGGCCAAGGACAAUUUUGGUUCUGUAUUUGCCUUCUGUCUUGUGCCCUCUACGAAAUAGUAAAUGCACAACAUGUACUAUUUUGGAUACCACAGUUAAUUUUAAGACGUUCAACCAACAGUUGCUACAAGCACUGUACUGUACUGUCAUUCAUAGAUGACAUGUCGGAAUGCAAUGGUAGCUACAAAUCUGCAUCAUAUAUAUAUAUUUGGUGACCUAUUUAUCAGUAUAUUAGUGAAGGAAGAGCAGUAUCGGUAUGGCAAUCUGUAUUGUUUACCUUGUGCGUGAUACAGGCCUAAAUAUUCACAUGCGAGAGUUUUAGUCAAUGCUAAUUGUUUUCAAAGGGUUAAAAAUCAUGUAUUUAGUUUUCAUGUUACAGUACAGUAGUUGGAAUGCAUUUAUAAUUAAGGUAACUUAGAUAGCCUAUUUUGAUGCUUUUUUCAUUAGUUAUCAGGAAUUGUAAUAAUAUUGCUGUUUUUCAAAACAAAUACAUGAUCAUUUAAAAUUCUGCACCACACAUUUGUCUUUAGGAAGGAAGAUGGCUGACUAAACCUACCUUUUUAAUGGUAAUAAAUUAUUUUGAUAAAAAUUACUUGAAAUUGGGUAAAAAAAUUAUUAUGUAGUACAGUAUCCAGUUAGAUGGUAAUAUCACCAUUUCCUUGGUUCAUGCCUGUCUUCCUGAAAUACUUUUAUAUUUUCUUAAAAGGCAAAGGUUGAAAACAAAAUGCUUUGCCAGCUUAGAGUUGUUUUAAGCAAAUUAAUCAGUGCUAAUUAAACCUAUCCUUAAUUUAAUCUUAUCAAACCUAAUGUACAGUAACCUAAUUUUAUUUUGCCUAAAUAAUCCCACCCCCUCCCUUUCUCUCGCCUCCCUCUCUCUUCAUGUUUAAUGAGAAUAAAAAAAUGAAGUGAAAAUAGGAUAAUGUAUUGUUUAUAAUAUGGUAAUUAUGUGUAAUUUUGAUAAUGUUUUUACUUUGGGUUUCCUUAAUGUUACCAUCUAAUAACUUUGCCAUAAAAUGAUUUUGGUUCCUGUGGUUGUGGCUUGGGUUAAGACACCAGCUGGUGUACUGUAGCAGGAAGUAAGGAGAACAUUACAGUAUUCUGGUCAUCACCUAGGGGCCGGGAAGGCACAGAGCACCCUUCAAGAUCCACGACGGUACACUACCUGUCUAAAGGCUCGAGUAGUGGUUCAAGAUGGUCAGGUUUUCUCAGCAUUUAAUGUUUGUCUUAAUUUUUUGUUUGAUUCGUAUGAAAAAUGGAUAAAUAUUAGGUUUUUGCAGUAAUAAAAUUGGAAUAUAAAUGGUGUGUAUUGUAAUUUAUUACCAGAGAUGAUAUAAAUAUGCAUAAAUUAAAGAACUAGAUUUGACCAACUGUGCAGUCCAUUGGUAUAAUAAAUAAAGAUUAAAGUAUAAUGUUAGAAGAAGUAAAAUUGCAAUAUAAUGAAGACAUUUCAAUUUGUAUCUUUUUAAUUUUUGAUUGCCAGGUUUUGCCUUUGCUAAAGGGUAUGAAGAAUUCCUUUUCCUAUUUCUUGCAUUAGUAUACAGUAUAGCUAAAGGCAAAUAUCUUUAGUUAUUUACUUCUACAAGAAUCUAAUGACAGCACUUUUGUAAACUUCAUCUUUAAUGCUUUAAGCGAAUGAGAUGUUUUGUGAGAUGUCCAAAGAAGCAGUGUAGUUAUGACUACUGUAUUAUUAUGGUGUAGCUACAGUACUACCAUCACUAUGGUGUUGUUACAGUACUACCAUCACUAUGGUGGUGUUACAGUACUACCAUCACUACCAUCCCUACACUGUAGUUGCUGCCAUCACCAUCGUGAUGUACAGAGAACAAAAACGGAUGUUAAUGGCCACUUUUGAUACCACAUUAUUUGAUAAUGUGUUUUACAAAGUACUUAGAAUGUUUAGGUUAUUAUUAUUUAGAGUAUUGCGUUAUAGUGACUGCAGCGACUACUUACAAAGCUAUUUUUAUUUUCUUUCAGAUUUUAGUUGGAUCUAAUUGUACUUUUGUUUUUGUUAGUAAACAGAUUAUAUGUAUAGAAUAUGUUUAUCAGUAAUCAGUGCAUUAAUUAAAAAAAAAGAAAUCCUU